GGCGCCCUCCUGCCACCAUGAGGACACACUCAAGCGCACACCCUCCCUCAGAAACCACCUCAAGCCUCAAAUUGGCCGGCAGCAGCCUGCAUCCCCCCUCCUCUAGCUCUGAGGGGCACAACCCCCGCGGGCUAGCGCUGCGCCUGCGCCCGGCCCCUUCCCCUCAGCGGGCGGGCCGGCGGCGCAGCGCCGCCCCCGGCGCGGGAGGCUGCCGGCCGCCAUGGAGAGUAGUGCUCCACGGUUUGCUUGGAAAGUCUGGCAUAUGCUCGGGUAACUUUGAAGGUGUACAGUUUGGCUUCUUUUCAAAACAAAGCUGCUCUCCAUGCCUUCCAGAUGCUGGAUGGAAGCAAGACAAAAUACACCAGUGGAGCUGAACCUCUUCCACUGCAGUCCCAAAGCUGUUAUAGUUCUCCAAAGCUAUAACAGCAAGAAAUAAUAAACACCGCAGAUCCCUCCGUUGUUUUUGCAAGACUAACAAGGGGGUCUGUUCUUCAGCCGAAAUGUCUGGAGCACUGCAAAUAAUGCUGUUUUGCAUUCUCUACAGAACAGCCCGGCUCAAGCAAGACCCAGUUCUGAAGCAGGUGGUAGUGCUUGGACUCUCUGCUUAAGCUGCUUCCUCUCUUUGAAUUCAAACGCACAAACAAGAUUAGAAUGAGAGAGGAGUGACUUUUGGACAGUGGAUUUUGGCAUGUUUGUGUAUGGAGUUUUCGGAAGCAAGAUGAAAGAGAUGGUCAGCAGUCAGCCUCUUCCCAUAGCAGACAGUGGGAAAAGAAAAAAGAAAAAAAGAACCCGAGCCACAGAUCAUGUCCCUGGGAAAUUUGAAGAUUUGUACAAGCUGACUGCUGAGCUUCUUGGUGAGGGAGCAUAUGCAAAAGUUCAGGGUGCUGUCAGCCUCCAAACUGGGAAAGAAUAUGCAGUAAAAAUCAUUGAAAAAAAUGCUGGCCACAGUCGGAGUCGGGUUUUUCGUGAAAUAGAAACACUGUACCAGUGCCAGGGUAACAAGAACAUCUUGGAAUUAAUAGAAUUCUUUGAAGAUGACGCAAGAUACUACCUUGUCUUUGAGAAGCUGCGAGGAGGCUCAAUCCUGGCCCAUAUCCAAAAGCGGAAGCACUUCAAUGAACGAGAAGCUAGCAAAGUAGUGCGAGAUAUUGCCUCAGCUCUAGAUUUUCUUCAUACAAAAGGUAUUGCUCACAGGGAUCUGAAGCCUGAAAACAUCCUGUGCGAAUCUCCAGAAAAGGUAUCACCAGUAAAAAUAUGUGACUUUGAUCUUGGUAGUGGAGUGAAGCUGAAUAGUGCAUGUACUCCAAUCACUACUCCAGAAUUAACAACGCCGUGUGGAUCGGCAGAAUACAUGGCACCCGAAGUGGUUGAAGUCUUCACGGAGGAGGCCACGUUCUAUGACAAGCGGUGUGAUCUUUGGAGCCUGGGAGUGAUUCUGUACAUCAUGCUGAGUGGUUACCCGCCUUUUGUGGGCAACUGUGGCACAGACUGUGGCUGGGACAGAGGAGAAGUCUGCAGAGUUUGCCAGAACAAGCUUUUUGAGAGCAUUCAGGAAGGCAAGUAUGAAUUUCCUGACAAGGACUGGUCACAUAUAUCCUCCGAGGCCAAAGAUCUCAUCUCAAAGUUGUUGGUUCGUGAUGCCAAAGAGCGACUUAGUGCUGCUCAAGUUCUGCAGCAUUCAUGGGUUCAAGGAGAGGCUCCUGAAAGGGGAUUACCUACCCCUCAAGUUCUUCAAAGGAACAGUAGCACAAAAGACCUGACGCUUUUUGCUGCUGAGGCUAUAGCCCUUAACCGCCAGUUGUCUCAACACGAGAACGAGCUCAGCGCAGAGCAGGAGAGCGUUGCCCAUGCUGUGUGCUCCAUGAAGCUUUCUCCUCCGUCCAAAUCCCGCCUCGCCAAGCGCAGAGCAAUGACGCAUGCCACCAAAAACAGUGACUUUCAGCCAGUUCCCCAUAAAGGCUUUUAAACUUCUUUCC